AUUCCGACGACCUAUUUGUGGUACAAAAGAGGUAGGGGAGUCCGAGACUCAAGUCUCUCAGCUCUUCUCUCAAGCCCUGCGAUUUCCAAUUCAUAUCAAUUUCAAGCAGCUUCUCUAAAACUAUAUUCGUCGCACAAAGCAACAGAUUCAGCAACCAUGCCAAAGAACAAGGGAAAGGGAGGAAAGAACAGGAAGAGGGGAAAGAAUGAAGCAGAUGAUGAAAAGCGUGAGCUUGUGUUCAAGGAAGACGGGCAGGAGUAUGCCCAAGUGCUUCGCAUGCUGGGCAAUGGACGAUGUGAGGCUAUGUGCAUUGAUGGCACCAAACGGCUCUGCCAUAUCCGAGGGAAGAUGCAUAAGAAGGUCUGGAUUGCAGCUGGUGAUAUCAUCCUUGUUGGUCUUCGUGACUACCAGGAUGACAAGGCUGAUGUGAUCCUCAAGUACAUGCCUGACGAGGCUAGGCUUCUGAAGGCAUAUGGUGAGCUUCCUGAGAACACUCGUCUCAAUGAAGGCAUCAUUGAUGACGAGGAGGAUGGUGGUGGUGAUGAUUAUAUUGAGUUUGAGGAUGAAGAUAUCGAUAAGAUAUAGGGUUUGGGAAUCACUUCUGUAUGGAUGUUAUGAUUAUCCUUAGUUUUUGAGAGCUAUUAUUAAUUUAUUAGUGACAGUAUUACAUAAUUUUGAAUUGCACUUUGCAAGUUUGGAUUUUCAGGUGAUGAAUCGAUUGUAUUCCAUAUAAAACCUGUUGUUACUAAUGAAUGGCUGUAAUGUGUUGCCUCUUUUGCUAUCGA